ACUGUAGUUACUUUGAGGAGCUCCGGUUUGCACAUCCGUGCCGCUGAGUUUCUCUUUCUUUAUUGCCUGCAACGCUUGGCCUGAAAAGUGAGUGUAGUUGUGCAUUCUGAGGUGUGUGUCUGCAAGAGGCAAAUCCCAGUUAUAUGCACUGGAGACGUAUUUGCAUUCAACAAUGCUGAAGCUGUUAUUCGCCGCUUUUCUCGCCGUUGCUGCUCAGGCAAGUGAUGUGCUUGAGUUCUCAGAUGACGACUUUGACAGCAGAAUCGGAGACCAUGAUCUGAUUUUGGUUGAAUUCUUCGCACCGUGGUGUGGGCAUUGUAAGCGUCUUGCACCAGAGUAUGAGGCUGCUGCUACCCGCUUGAAGGGAAAAGUUGCACUGGCAAAGGUCGACUGUACGAUCAACUCCAAUGUUUGUAGCAAGUAUGGAGUCAGUGGAUAUCCAACUCUCAAAAUCUUCAGAGAUGGAGAGGAGUCUGGGGCUUAUGAUGGACCUCGCUCAGCAGACGGGAUUGUCAGUCACCUGAAGAAACAGGCAGGCCCAGCAUCCGUGGAGGUCAAGACACCUGAAGAACUGGCCAAAUACAUAGGGGAUCGCGAUGCAAGUGUUGUGGGCUUCUUUGCUGACGCUGGCAGUGCAGCACAGGCUGAGUUCCUGAAGUCUGCGAGCGCCCUGAGGGAGUCCUACCGCUUCGCACACACCAACAACGAGGAGUUGCUGAAGAAACACGACAUCGAGGGAGAGGGUGUCAUCCUCUUCCGUCCACCACAACUAGCCAACAAGUUUGAGGAUUCCAGCGUCAAGUUCAGCGAGGAGAAGUUCACCAACGCCAAGAUCAAGAAGUUUAUUCAGGACAAUGUCUUUGGAAUGUGCCCACACAUGACUGAUGACAACAAGGAUCUGCUGCGGGGGAAGGACCUCCUGGUGGCCUACUAUGACGUAGACUACGAGAAGAACCCCAAGGGCUCCAACUACUGGAGGAACAGGGUGAUGAAGGUAGCCAAAGGAUUCGUUGAUCAGGGCAAGCAGUUGAACUAUGCUGUGGCCAGUAAGAUGAUCUUCGGCCAUGACAUCUCUGAGAUGGGCCUGGACGCCUCCGGGGAGAUCCCAGUCGUCGGUAUCCGCACAUCCAAAGGAGACAAAUACGUCAUGCAGGAGGAGUUCUCGCGUGAUGGCAAGGCACUGGAGCGUUUCCUCUCUGACUACUUUGAUGGGAAGCUGAAGCGCUACCUGAAGUCUGAGCCUAUUCCUGAAAACAACGAUGGGCCAGUCAAGGUUGUUGUUGCUGAGAACUUUGACUCCAUUGUCAACGACGACAGCAAGGAUGUUCUGAUUGAGUUCUACGCACCGUGGUGCGGCCACUGCAAGAGCCUGGAGCCCAAGUUCAAUGAGUUGGGAGAAAAGCUCGCCAAUGAUCCCAACAUCGUCAUUGCUAAGAUGGACGCAACAGCAAAUGAUGUGCCCUCACCAUAUGAUGUCAGGGGAUUCCCAACACUCUUUUUCGCACCAGCUGGACAGAAAACAAGUCCAAAGAAAUAUGAGGGAGGUCGUGAGGUCAGCGAUUUCAUUUCCUACCUGAAGAGGGAGGCCACCAACCCUGUGGUGGUGCAGGACGAUGAGGAGAAACCCAAAAAGAAGAAGAAGAAGUCGGAGCUCUAAAGAAGACGCAGCGGCCAGCCGGCCCGCACUCAGGAGGGAAGAGUCGCUCACACAGAGAGAACUAAAUUAUAUUCCAAAAAUAUCUAGAAGAACGACAGAAUGCUCUGAUUCCAAGUCAUGUGGUCUGCCCUCCCCAAACCUGCUGGGAACACUGUGGACUGUGGUGUUGAUGGCGCUGUGGGCUGAACCAUGCUUUUUAAAAACAAAAUGUCUUCAAAACAGGUGGACUGCAUUUUGAGAUCGAGAUUUAUCUUUCCCUUUUUCUCUGAACCAUGGAGAAAAUGCACUUUGGUGAUAUGACCAGUUUCCAGUCACAUGUUGCUUUUUGUUCUGACAAAAAAAAUGAGGGGUGAAGGUAAAUUGUUCUGGGUUUUUUUUUCUUUUUGUUUGUCUUUUUUCAUUUUGUAUCUUUUGUCUCAUUUUUGUACAUUUGGAAGGAUUGUGAAAUAAAAGCCCCACUAAACAUU